AUGGAAAUUGAGCAAGAUAUGAAUAUUGAUUCAACGGAAAGUGCAAAUGAUGUUUAUCUAUUUUUGAAAGAAAAUAAUUUUCUACAAUUAUACUGGUCAAGCUUUGAUAGGGAGGACUACGAUGACAUGAAACAGUUGCUAGAGAUGACACCAGAUGAAUUAGAACAGGCACUAGCACAAGAUAUCGGAAUCAAGAAAAUAGGGCACCUCAAGCGAUUGAAGGCUCUUUUAGCUAUCCAUUCUACAAGAGGCAAUUCGAACGAAAAAGAAUACGAGGAUAAAGAUGCAAAGAAAAGCUCAAACAAAACACAGAAAUGUAGGUACCCUAGUGUUUGAUUUUAUUAUGGUACAACAUGUGAAGAUAUGACCCAGUCCACAAUAGCCGUUUUCUCUUUUAAUUUUUGCAGAUCUGGUGAUUUAAUAACAAAUCAAUAUUUUGUAUAUCUGUUUGUUGUGUAGUGUCAGCCUCAAUUGCAUCAAGGUUAUUGAUACCAAAUCCUAUCACAGAGAAACACAAGUUUUACAAUGAACUACUCUAUGAACUGUUCAAUGAUUCUUAUGAGUUGAUGACACAUGAUGCUUUCAUAUUGUAUGUUACUGGUCAGAGACAGUCACGAUGGAAAAUCAAACAAAGGUUGGAUAGUAUGAGGUUAUACAAGAUAAAAUUGGCUGAAUCUAAAGAUGGACAUUGGCAAAAUAUUAGGAAAUAUGUUGGUGACCAAGUAAUGCUGACUUCAAAAGACAGGAAACCAGCAGAAAGAUGUGUAGAAUUUAUGGCAGGAAUUAUACAAGAGGUGGACUCAUUCAUUGUUGAGUGCAAAACACUGCGAUCAAACUUAUUUGAUAAGGAAAACACUGUGAAGCCAUGGAAAGCCGAUGAGUUGCUCUUUUUGGAGAACAUAAUCAAAGAUUUAUCAGCAAUCGACACAAAGAUGGUGAAGGCAAAGGGUGACAUUUUUCAGAAUGUUUGCUAUUUAAGAAGAAGGGUGUUGGAAAGUGAAGCCAUCCAACACGAUAACAGUCGCUCUAAAAGAAGAAUGAAAGAAAAUAAGCGCAAAUCAUCAAAUAGAAAAGAACAACGAGAAGCUGUUGUAAGGUUCUUCAAGAAAUAA